AUUAUCUGCGUUUGCGUGAGGAGCUUAUUCCGUGCGGGUUCCCAUCUUGGCAAAACGUGUUGCGUACUUUAUUACAUACAGCGUAAGCCUGUUCACAUAUAGGAAACCGCGAGAGAGACGGUCAGACGCGUGCUGGUCCAUGAAAAGGAUGCUGUAGUGUGGAAGAUGCCUUGAGUUGAGAUAAGGAAGGAAACUGGCAAACUCGGAGACUGGAGAGAAUCGGUGAGCUGAGUUUUUUGUUCGGAGAGUAUGUUUUAAGCACAUAUCCUCUCUGCAGUCUCUUGUAUACGCGAAUUGGUGAGAUUCCAGCAUACCUUAUUGGAUACCGGCGAGUUGACUUUUAUACCAUUACAUAGAUUGGGUCACGUCGCAGAUGAGCCCCUGAAGAAGAAGUAACGCCCGCAACAGUGCGGUGAUCAUCAGCCGCGAACUUCUCACUGAGCUGAGCAUGGUUUAUCGCAUCGCGUUUUGUUUUGGUUUUUAAUGCCGUGCAGAGGCUCGAUUCAUGUUAUUUUCUCAUAGCUCCUUCCGUGAGUUGGAGGUUAUGGGAUGAGAACUGUGCUGAAGUGGUUUAUGUUUUUUGUGCAUGGUUGUAAGCGUUUAUGAGAAAAGUGUUGGCUUUGGUGCCUGUUUUGCCGCAACUAAUUGGACCUCUGUGUGCAAAGAAGUGGAGAUUUUCCAGCAGCUAAAUAAUCUGCGUGAACAUUAAGCCGGCGUGGUAUGAAUUUACGCACUCACGAGGCCAAAGCGUAGUCGUGUCGAAUGAUAAGAAUACAGUGUUUCGCGUUGCCUGCCCAGUCAUCGUGUUGAGGUUCGCCAUCGCCGUGCCCUUGAAAUUCAUGUCAUUGGAUCAGAGAGUUUCCUGAAAGCCAACGCUAUUUUUAACCAGACACAUCUGAGGAAAGAAAUCGUAUCGACGGUACGGACCGACCAGCCAAGACGUGGUUUCGAAGUGAGUUCUACAAUGCAGUUUUAAGUGGUAACCGAGAAGAUGAGCAGCAGAGAUAAGUGAUAUUUCAGAAGAAUAUUUCGAUUUGAAAUUCCUGCGUCUGUACCUGUCGGGCAAUUUAUCGUUCACAUUUUUCGUUUCUUCUGCUUCGGUUGUUUGCAAUGAAGUUCUGGGCAGGAUCAUAAGUAAUCGUCAGAACGUAGGAAAGACGCGUAUUUGAACAACACAAAGUCAACUAACUUACCAAAUUUGAAACUCAAUUGAACAGUACUCCGAUCCACGUGGUGUGUUUACAAACAAAUGCCGGUGCGAUAGUUUUGCAAUAAAAAAAAACCUUGGAAGUAACAUUGAUUGCAGUGCGAGAGACUAACUCACCGCGAGAGAGGAGUCUGAGAACGUGGAAGGCGACUCAAGUUGCUGUGCUCGCUGCGCAGGAGGAAGGAAACAAGACUCGUCUUUCCCACAUAUCUUCAAGCCACCAGACCAAACCAUGUCUGUCACCAUCAUCUUGUUCUACGUGUUCAUCACGGCCUUUAUGCUGCUGUCGUACAACCCAAAGCCCCGCAAAAUACUCGAGUCGAUCAAGAGCUUUCUGUUGCAUUUGGUUCAUCUGAGCAAAAAUGUCGUUUCAACGACGAUACACGUUCCACCGGAUGCCAUGCAGAUGAAUCAAGCUGAACCGGUGUAUACCGUAUGGGACAUUCCGGGGCCAAAACGGUUGCCAUUGGUUGGGACGAGAUGGAUGUACUACGUAGGGCGCUAUAAGCUCAACAAAAUGCAGGAUGCGUUUGUGGAUCUUCACAAACGUUACGGCAACAUCGUACUGGAAUUCGAUCAUGUGCCAAUCGUGAACCUCUUUGAUCGAGUUGAUAUGGAGAAGGUACUGAAGUAUCCUAGCAAGUAUCCUUACCGACCGCCGACGGAAAUAGUGGAGUACUACAGAAGAAGCCGACCGGAUCGAUUUGCCAGCACCGGAAUUGUGAACACGCAAGGCGAACAGUGGCACGAGCUGCGCGUCAAGCUCACCUCAGGUAUCAUGUCCCGCAAGUUACUGCAAGCAUUCAUUCCCACGCUGAACGAAAUUGCCGACGAAUUUGUGACUCUAAUUCGCCAGAAACGUGACAGUAACGAUUGUGUGAAGGAUUUCCAGGACAUCGCGAACACUGUUGGACUCGAAAUUAUUUGCUGCUUUGUGCUGGGACGUCGAAUGGGCUACAUGAGCGGAGACAAGCAAAAGAACGAAAAGUUUGUGAAACUGGCCGAAGCUGUUAAAUCGACCUUCAUGUACAUCAGUCAAAGCUACUAUGGAGUGAAGUUGUGGAAGUACCUGCCGACCAAACUGUACCGCGACUAUGUGCGUUGCGAGGAAAUCAUUUAUGACACAAUCGCCGAAAUCGUGAAUGAAGCACUUGCCGAAGAACAGGAGAAAUGUGCGGCCGAUGAUAUGCGAGGAAUUUUCCUGAACAUUCUGCAAUCUGAGGGGCUCGAUAAGAAGGAUAAGAUCGCCGGGAUCAUAGAUUUGAUUCAUGCUGCCAUUGAAACGUUUUCCAACACUCUUUCAUUUUUACUGAACAACAUGACCAGCCAUCCAGAACGUCAGGCGCGUAUUGCCUCCGAGUUCACCUCCGAUACAAUCACCAAUAACGAUUUGGUGAACGCCGCCUUUACCAGAGCGUGCAUCAAAGAGUCGUACAGGAUUUCACCCACGACACCUUGUUUGGCUCGAAUUCUCGAAGAAGACUUCGAUCUCUCCGGUUAUCAGCUCAAAGCUGGGACGGUAGUAUUGUGCCAUACACGGGUAGCCUGUCAGAACGAACAAAACUUCCAACAAGCAAACACUUUUCUACCGGAGCGAUGGCUUGAACAGGUGGACGAAAACCAAAACGUUUACAAGCUGGACGAACCGGGAUCGUCUUUGGUGCUUCCAUUCGGAACUGGUCGAAGAAUGUGUCCGGGGAACAAGAUCAUCGAAAUCGAACUGACGCUCAUAAUGGCCAAGAUUUUCCAGCAAUUCAAGGUGGAGUACCACAGUCAACUGGACACGCAGUUCCAAUUUCUGUUAGCGCCAGGGACGCCCAUUGAGAUUAUUUUUAGAGAUCGGGACUGACCAACAUUGGAAAUAGUAUAAGUUUUUUCUUCAGAUAGAUUCCCUUGAAGCAUCCUGAAACCUGUUAACUAUUGUGAUUAAGUGUUUUAGUGUUAACCUGCUAGUGAUAGGACAGUACUCUGAUACAAAGCAAAAGGAGACAAAGCGAUAGAAUCAUAUUGAUUAUUUCUGUUUAAACAGAUUGUUGAUCUGUGUACUAUUUACAAAGCGAUUGUUCCCCAAGGGUCUGAGCAAAUCAAUAACGUACAUGUUUAUAUUGUAAAACUUUUUUGUAGUGCUUUAAUUUAUUACCUUUGUACAAAUCUUUAAGAUAUAUCGAUACUUCAAUAAACUUGACUUGAAAAUAUUCAUA